AUGGAAGAAAUCGGAAUUGCAAUCAAACCAGAAGCAACUGUAUUGGAAGAACUGUCAGAAGAUGACCUUUAUGUCAAGUUAAAGAAACUCCAACGCGACCUCGAGUUUCUCGGAAUACAGGAAGAAUAUGUCAAAGAUGAACAAAAGAAUCUGAAACGAGAACUCAUUCAAUCCCAAGAAGAAGUCAAACGCAUUAAAUCUGUUCCAUUAGUCAUUGGUCAGUUCCUGGAACCACUCGAUCAGCACACCGGAAUCGUCGGAUCAACCACAGGCUCCAAUUAUGUCGUUCGUAUUCUCAGCACUAUUGACCGAGAGCUACUGAAACCUAGUUCGUCUGUUGCACUUCACCGUCACUCAAACGCACUUGUCGAUGUACUUCCCCCAGAGGCUGACAGCAGCAUUGCUAUGUUGGGUUCAGAUGAGCGUCCAGAUGUGGGUUAUCAGGAUGUGGGUGGUUUGGAUAUUCAGAAACAAGAGAUUAAAGAGGCAGUAGAGCUGCCACUCACCCACUUUGAUCUCUAUCGACAAAUCGGUAUUGAUCCUCCGCGUGGUGUUCUACUGUACGGCCCACCGGGUACAGGAAAGACUAUGCUGGUAAAGGCUGUAGCACAUCAUUCAACGGCUGGAUUUAUUCGUGUGGUGGGAUCAGAGUUUGUACAAAAGUAUCUUGGUGAAGGUCCGCGCAUGGUUAGAGAUGUAUUCAGACUAGCAAGGGAAAACUCUCCAUCAAUCAUCUUUAUCGAUGAAAUUGAUGCGAUUGCUACCAAACGUUUUGAUGCACAGACAGGCGCAGAUAGAGAGGUACAGCGUAUCUUACUGGAACUGUUGAAUCAAAUGGAUGGAUUUGACCAAACCUCAAAUGUCAAGGUUAUCAUGGCAACCAAUCGAGCGGACACUUUGGAUCCUGCCCUUUUAAGACCAGGUCGAUUGGAUAGAAAGAUUGAAUUCCCUACACCAGACCGUCGCCAGAAACGUCUUAUUUUCUCUACUGUAACAUCAAAAAUGAAUCUCUCAGAAGAAGUCGAUCUGGAAGAAUUCGUCUCACGGCCAGAUAAGCUAUCAGGCGCAGAGAUUGCUGCUAUAUGCCAGGAAGCAGGCAUGCAAGCUGUUCGAAAGAAUCGAUAUGUUAUCCUCAGUAAAGAUAUCGAAAAGGGUUACAAGGCGAAUGUGAAGAAGGAAGAUACAAACUUUGAGUUUUACAAGUAG